CUUCGUGCUAUGUAUGGGUGUUUGCUCUUCCCUAAUGCACCCACAAAAUGAACGAGUGAGUAGUCUUCCAUGCUUCCAAAAUGCUAUUCCCCUCACGGAAUGAUAAUGAAUAAUCAUAGAUGAGGGGAAUACCCAAGCGGGAGAAGAUUGUUCUCCGCAUACGUAUUUGAUAUCAUCAAGAGUGGUUACGCGAUACCGGCAUGUAUGUCCGAAUUCAUCCUGACAUCUCAACCUUCUUGGAGGAACCACUGGUACGCCGCUUAGAGAAGAAUGUUUUCUAAUACAAAUGGUUGUAGUAUCGGGACACCGGCACAUGUCGAAAAGAUAAUGGCUUUUGAGGGCUGACAUAUCUGAGUAUCGAUAUGAGGAGACAAGAAAUCUAUAUAUAAAUAACGUAUAUCUAGGAUAAAGUGAGAAAUAUUUAUGAUCCCUAUCCUUUCAGUACUUCAGGUUUUAUCAUUUAAACUUAGCCGCAGCAAUCAUCAAAGCCAUGAAGCCCGCUCCUACCUUUACCUUGGGCGAGGGACAGCCCCUUUCAGACCCUGCAGUCAGCACAACCCUCCCAACCUUUGGGGGAGGUGGUCUGGUUCCACUCCAAGAUACGCUACUACUCGAGACUUUAGCCCAUUUCAAUCGUGAACGGAUUCCAGAAAGAGUCGUCCAUGCCAAAGCAGCCGGUGCUUGGGGUGAAUUCGAAGUCACUAAUGAUAUUUCCCACUUGACCGGGGCCAAAUUCCUUCAGGGCAUUGGAAAGAAGACACCGGUUCUAUGCCGGAUCAGUACAACUGGAGGUGAAAAAGGAAGCCCAGAUACUGUUCGAGAUAUCCGGGGGUUCUCUGUCAAGUUUUAUACUGAGGAAGGCAAUCAUGACAUUGUGGGAAACCAUGUGCCUGUCUUCUUCGUCCGCGAUCCUGUCAAGUUUCCUUCGGUAAACCGCAGUCACAAAAAGCAUCCGCAGUCUAAUACUCCCGAUGGAAACAUGUUUUGGGAUUUCCACGUCCACAACCCAGAAAGCGUCCAUGCUCUAGUUCACCUCUUUGGAUCUCGUGGCAUCCCAGCGUCAGUUCGCCGCAUCACAGGCUUUGGUGUGCAUACUUUCAAACUAGUUGCCCCCGACGGGUCCUUCAAGUACUGCAAGUUCCACCUCCGUCCGCUACAGGGAGUAGACAAUGUGUCCUCCAAUGAGGCCACGCGCCUUGCCGGUGUGAAUCCGGAUUUCCAUACACAGGAGCUGUUUCAUGGAAUUUCCCGAGGGGAUUAUCCAUCGUGGGGUUUGUAUAUCCAGGUUAUGGACCCGGAGCAGGCUGAGAGACAUGGGUUGGCGAUGUUUGAUAUUACCAAGAUUUGGCGCCAUAAAGACUUUCCGUUGAUUCCUGUUGGGAAGAUGACGUUGAAUAAGAAUCCGACCAACUACUUUGCGGAAAUCGAACAAGCAGCCUUUUCACCGUCCAACAUGGUUCCUGGCAUAACCUCCUCCCCAGAUCCGAUGCUCCAAGCACGCAUGUUCGCAUACCCAGACGCCCAAAGAUACCGCCUCGGCGCAAACUACCAGCAUCUACCCCCCAACAAACCAAUUGCUCCAGUGAACGCUCCCUACCAACGUGACGGCGCGGCCACAAUAACUUCCAACUACGGGGUAGCGCCGAGUUACGUUCGCAACGGAUCCAUGCCCCAUGGCAUUAGGAGGGAGUCUGUAUCGACUGCACAAGCGGUGAGACAUAAUGAGUGGCUUCGAGGGGGAGCCUCUCUGGGAUUGAAUGAGAUUCCGGAUACUGAGGAUGACUAUUUACAACCGAGAGAGUUGUGGAGGAGGGUAUUCGAUGAUGCGGAACGAAGGCUGUGGGUUUCGAAUGUUGCGGGGAGUUUGGAGGGAGUUUCGGAUGACUUGAAAAGGGGUGUUAUUGAGAUGUUUGGAAGGGUGGAUUCGGAGAUGGGGAGUAUGCUUGUGGCGGAGGUCAAGGAGACUGCUAGAUUGUAAGACGUGUAAUGCUUGUCUAUAAUGGACAGUCAAAUAACCCUAG